AUGGGCGAUACAUAUGACUACAUUGUUGCUGGUGGCGGCACUUGCGGCCCAGUGGUCGCUGGCCGCUUGUCAGAAAAUCCAAAUGUGACGAUUCUGAUGCUUGAGGCAGGGCAAGAUAGUGCCAAGAUGGACAAUAUGCACAUGGCUGGAGCCUGGACACAGAACCAUAAAGGAGAAACGGAUUGGAACAUCUUCACUCCCGAACAGCCGGGGCUAGUCGAUCGUAAGAUUCACUUGCCACGAGGCAGAUUCCUAGGUGGCAGCUCUGGUUGCAACGGCACAAUCUGUGUGCGUGGAGUCAAGCAAGACUAUGAUGAUUGGGGCUCGCCAGAAUGGAGUGGUGAUGAAGUUUUCAGAGCCAUGAAGAAGGCGGAAACAUUUCAUUCUUCGAAGUGGUUUCAGGAAGAUAAGGACAGCCAUGGAUAUGAUGGUCCCAUGCAUAUCGAAGCUGCUCCUUGUGGACCACUUGGAGAGUUGAUGCUAGAGUCAUACCAAUCCAAGGGCCUGAAAUUUUGUCCUGAUAUGUUUAGCUCUGGCGAAACGGCUAAUGGCUGUGGCCAUGCUCUUAGGACAACCUGGAAGGGUAAUCGGACGACAGCCAUGGAUUACCUGACCAAAGACUACGAGCGAUCCAACGUUACCAUUAAAUGUCAUUCGACAGUCGACAAGGUAAUACUAGAAAGAGAUGCAGGAUCUCUCCGAGCCACUGGUAUUGAGUAUGAAGAUGCGAACGGAAAUCGAAUCAAGGCUUUCGCGCGCAAAGAGGUCAUCCUAGCAGGUGGUAGCUACGGAACUCCAGCUAUGCUACUCCGUUCUGGUAUUGGACCCAAGGCUGACUUGGACACCCUCAAUAUUCCCUGCUCAGUUGAUUUGCCUGGCGUGGGGAAGAAUCUACAAGACCAUUUACUUGUCUUCACAUACUACGAGUUGAAUGAGCCAGGUCUCACCGAUGAUCCAAGAGUCAACCAUGACCCUAAUGCCUACGAGAAUGGGCUCAAGCAAUGGAAGGAGAACAAGACUGGGUGGUUAGCCCAAUUUCCAUUCGGCUCUUUCGCCUUCGCCCGUCUUGACGACCGGCUUGAUGCAGAGAGCGCUGAGUGGCGUCAAUAUCCUAAACGUGCUGGACGCGAUGUGAUGGACCUGACCAGCACGCAGCCAAGUCUUGAAUUCUUCCAUACCGUCUGUUAUGGAGGGCCUCCACAGUAUACAGACUUCCCUAAGGAGGGACAGUACGCUUUCGCCAUGUGCUGCUUCUUGUGCAAUGCACAGUCACGAGGUGACGUCAAACUGGCGAGUACCAACCCUCGCGAUAACCCUAUCGUCGACCAUAAAUACUUGGAUGACAAGAGAGAUCUAAUGAUGAUGGCGGAGGGUGUACGGUUCGCCAACGAGAUUGUCAUGACUGGCUCUGGCACAAAGGACAAGAUUAAAGGCUCAUGGCCACCCGAUGCUAAACACCACCUGAACAAGACUAACGAGGACUGGCAUUCUCAUGUCCAGAAGUACGCAUCCACUUCUUAUCAUCCCGGUGGUACUUGCAAGAUGGGACGCAAAGAUGACUCAACCUCUGUUGUCGACGAGAAACUGCUUGUUCACGGUGUUCAAGGCUUGCGCGUGGCAGAUUGCAGCAUGAUGCCGACUCUCAACAGCGGCCAUACUCAAAUGCCCGCUUUUGGAAUUGCAGAGAAGGCGGCAGAGUAUAUAAAACAGGUGGCCGACGUCAAUGGCCACGCCGUGAAUGGCCACGCUAAGACUAAUGGUCACUCUGUGAAUGGGUACACCAAAGUCAACGGACACGUGGUAAACGGACAUUAG